AUGAAAUGGCCAGGAGAACAUUGUUACUUCUCCACUAUGGAUUCCGUGCACGGCUUGAUCUGCAUUGAAGAUUUAAACUCCAAUACGCCCCUAGUUUGGAAUCCUAGCACGGGUCAAUUAUUACUUUUACCCAAACCACCCAAUAUGAACUCUAAAUAUAUAAACGUGUUUUUAGGAUACGAUCCUGUCCAAGGUAAACACAAAGUAGUGUGCCUUCCUUAUGAAAAAACUAGCCACUUCUUCCGAGUUUUUACAUUGAGAUCAGGGCAAGAAUCAUGGAGGACAGUCGGAACUCACAACUUGAAGCAUAAAUGUCGUGGCUAUGGUUCUGACCGAUGCAUCAAUGGGGUGAUAUAUUAUCUAGCCAGUGGUCAAGGGUAUAAUACGUUUAUAAUGAGCUUUAAUGUCAGAUUUGAAAUAUUCAGUAUGAUAGAACUACCCUCAGGUAACUUUCAAGAUGUGCUGAUAUCUUACAAGGGGAAAUUAGCUUGUGUUGAUAGAUAUAAUGAAACAAGAUUGUUGAUUUUGGAGGAUGCAUAUAAACACAAGUGGUCUUUUCAGAACUUUCUCUUUCCUUUAUAUAUGUGGAAUCUGAAGGAUUCGAGUGAAGAACCUAACCUUUUCAAACUAAAAGGUUGCACUUAUGAUGGUGAGUUUAUUUAUGUACCUUACGGGGACCAUAAUAACCGGUCUUAUAUUAUAUUCUACGAUCCGGUGAGAAACAGUUGUAGAAGACUCAAGUUUGAAGGACUAGUGGACGAAGAAAAAUUUGGGUUCAAGCUUCAUGUUUUUCCGAAUCACAUUGAAAGUAUUGUUUCUUUGUAA